ACUUUCUCUCAUUUCAUAAUCAAAAGUCCAAUUUCUUGCGACGUUCCGAUUUCCAUUUUUGAAGAAAGAAUAUGGCGGCAACCAUGGCGGCUCAACCGCUGCCACCACCUGCAGCGCCACCAGUGGCUAAUAGGGCCUCGUUGGCACUGGCACUACCAUUAGCGCCACCAUUGCCUGAUCCUUCGCAGAGGACAUCGCUGUACGUGGGUGAUCUGCACCCGGAAGUGACUGAGGAGGAUCUAUUGACGUUGUUCAGCAGGGUGGGUCCCGUAUCAUCUGUUCACCUAUGCCGCGACAGGCUCUCCCACAAUUCCCUUUGCUACGCUUAUGUCAACUUCAAAUCGCACUCCGAUGCUGAUACUGCUCUAACAAAUCUAAGAUACACUGAAUUGAGGGGUAAAUCUAUGAGGAUUAUGUGGCGCCAGAGAGACCCUAUUCAGAGGAAGACUGGCACUGGAAACCUCUUUGUCAAGAAUCUCGACUCUUCAAUUACUAGCGCUCGGUUGCAAGAAAUCUUUAUCAAGUAUGGAGAAAUACUUUCAUGCAAAGUCGCCGAGGAAAAUGGGAAGAGUAAGGGUUUUGGUUUCGUUCAAUUUGAUUCCGAGAUAUCAGCUAUGGCAGCUCUGAAUGCUGUCAAUGGCACCGUGCUGGAAGGCAAGAAGCUAUAUGUAUCAAAGUUCAUUAAAAAGAGUGAGAGGAAGGACACAGAACUUGGUUUCACAAACUUGUACGUGAAAAAUCUAGACAGUCAUUUGACAGAGGAUCACCUCAAAGAAAAGUUUUCAGAAUAUGGGAAGGUCUGCAGUACUGUAAUAAUGAAAGAUGAGAAGGGGAAAUCAAAAGGUUUUGGAUUUGUGAAUUUUGAUACACAUGAAGAGGCUAUGAAAGCCAUGGUAGCUCUAAAUGGAGCACUGAUUGGAUCAAAGAAUCUCUUUGUGGGAAGAGCUCAAAAGAAAGCUGAUAGGGUGAAGCUUCUAAGACAAACACGUGCACCUAAUUAUCCAGAGUCAAAGGCUUCAGAACUAUAUGUGGAUUAUCCCGAGUUAAAGGCUUCAGAACUAUUUGUGGAUAAUCUUGAAGUAUCUGUAGAUGACCGGAAAUUGGAAGAAAUUUUCAGCGGUCUUGGAAAAGUAGCAUCAGCAAAUGUGAUGCGUGGAAGAGAUGGAGUUAGCAAAGGAUGCGGCUUUGUGAGGUUUACAAGUUCAGAUGAUGCAAUGAAGGCUAUGCAUUUGCUAAAUGGAACUAAUAUCCUGGGGAAGACUCUGUAUGUAUCCUUGGUUUUGUAUGAUGCGGAAAGAGUGCAAGAUUUUAGUUCAAAGUACCCACCUCAGCCAUUUUACACUCAAAACUUGGAUGUCGUUACCUCUGAAUUGCAGCCACUGCAUUACAACUUUCUCAAUACUCCCCCUUGGGAUCAUACGACAUAUCAAAAUUUUUUUAUCCCACAAUUAAAUUCUUGGGAUCCAAUUUCGAGAGACGACCACCAUUCAUUCACUGCAUAUCAAAAUUUUGGCAGAACUUUCAGUUCGUUUUAUGGAGCUCAGAAUCACAAAGGAAACCUUUUCACAAAUAUCCCUCCACAACAAAAAAUUCAUGGGAACACCAAGAACUGUAUGCAAAAACAACUACCCAGGAAAAUUACUAUUUCUGGUGUAUUUACUCAAAACCUCAUGGGGUCUAUGAAGGAUAAAAAGCAGUCCAGAAAAUUGCAAAACAAGAGUGUCAAUGGAGUUGCAAAGGAGUUCUCCCAAGGAGCAGCAACUACAAAACGUGUUUCUGCAACAUUCUCACCUUGGAGACCAAAUCCUGGGGAUAUGAUUCGUGCUUCUGCUGAGAAUCUUCAGCCUAAACAGGAGAUAAAGGACUGCUGUCGCAUGUCGAAAUGAAGACGCCUGACACACAGAAACUCUGCUAAAAUCACCAUAGAGAAAGCAGUUCAACAGCCAUGUCCAUGUUCCAAUCUGUGGCAUCAUACGUUCCUAAUGUCAUUUCUACUUUGCUAUCUAGUUUUAAUUCAUAGAUUCUUCCGUCUGUCAGUGACUUUUGUAAAAAUCGUUGUUAUAGCGUCAUUUCUACUUUGCCGUCUAGUUUAAAUUCAUAGUUUCUUCCGUCUGUCAGUGAAUUUUGUAAAAAUCAUUGUUAUAGCUCGUGUUUUUUUUU